AGCAAAACACGAUACCUUCCCAUCACAAGGGACAAAACAUCACCAAAAAGAAUGCCAUUUUCCUCCUAACAAGUACUUGCUAUUUCAUAGAUUCUCAAUCCCAUCCAAUCCCAAUUUCUAAUCCACACACCCCUCUCUUCUCACACCCAAUCCAUGGAGAAGAGAAACCUGCCGGCUGCGGAUGACGAGCUGUUGAUCGUGAAAGCUGCGGCCUGGGCAUGGUACCAACAUGGGUCUGGUUGUGAGAGAAGACUAUCGCGUGAAUUCGAUCUCUCUAGAACAAGUAGAGCCCUCGGGUCGUCUCGGUUCAAGCUAGAAGCGAUGAGGGAUGUUGGUCGGCUUCGAUUAGAGUCAUCCAAUUCGAUCAUGGGUCCAUAUCUCAUGGACAUAUCUCUCUUUGAUUCAUACGAUAUCGAUAGAAUUUCGCGGAAGUUGGAUUGUUUAUUAAGGUCCACUAGUUCUUCUUAUGAUCCUUGCAUUGGCGACGGUCAAGACCGUCGUAAAAGUUCAGCCAGGGCAGAUGAAGCUCUUAGGAAGAAGAAGGUGUGGAAAUUGAAUGGUUUUUGGCUUAGACAUGCCAUGGGAAUGUGUGGUUCUAGAAGAGAUGUGGUUGAAAACAAAGUAUUGGGUGGACGACUUCAAAGCAAGGAUGGUUUGGUUGUGGUACGGCCACAUGCAUAAGGUACAUGUAAUGACAUGAAUACUGAUAGAAUUGUAAAUACAGAAUGAUUUUUCUACAUUCCACAUUCAACAUGUACAUGCCUUUUUAUAGGUUUUACAAGGAAAUGCAAAAUUGAAAUUUGAACUUGGAUUGUCUCAAAUGGAGAUGUUUAUCUCCAUCUAAGAUGACAUUAGGAAAGUACCAGAAAGUUUCCUCUUGUGGAAUUGUACCUAUG